UAAAUAUUACUAUAGUUUUCAUGUUUUGUGUGCGUGUUUUUUUAUCUCGUAGUUAUGGGCUGUUUCCUUGAGAGCUAAACAAAGCAAUAGGAGACCGAGACGUUUGGUCUGUAAUUAGAUCUGAUGUCUCUUGCAAUGACCGAAACUCUUACACUUAUACAUACACCAACCUCACGCACCCUCAUUAUAAGUUGUAUAAAUAUAUAAUGGAAAUUAAUAAAACAUGCACGCCUUUGGUAGAAUCUUGUUUUUAACGCUAUUAAAAAAAUAAUCUUGAAUUUAAUCAAAACAAAAUUUUCUAUUAGUCAUAACAAAUAAUAUAAACAUGAGAAACCCUCUAAAAUGUAUAUACUCCAUGGUCCAUAACUAUUUUAUUAUUAGGAUUAAAAAUUAAAGAUGAAUAUUGUAUUUAUAAAUUGAAAUCGUUUUUACUGGGUUUUCUAGACGUUGGAUAACAUGUAUGACAGUAUGAGUUUAAUCUGAUAUAAACUCUUGAUAUUUAUAGUUUAAUUAAAUAUUUGUGAAGGAUACUUGCAAUUGUACCACUUAAUUAGCGGCUUAACAGGAAUUUUUUUGUCUAUAUAAUUCUGGUUUGUUGAUUUUUUUUUCUUCAAAAUUUUGAAUUUGAAAAGCAGUAAGUAAAUGAAUUUAUUCAAGAAAAAUACAAAAAUUAAAAUUCACACCAUCAGAUAUUUCAGUCAUAGUCGAGUAAUUAAGAAAGUAGAGAAUAAAAUUGGACUAUAUAUAUAUAAAGUUCUUACGGUUGGAUAUUUGGUGAAAACAAUAUAAAACCUUGAAAGAAAUAAACUUCUAGAAUGUUAAUCAGAAAUUAUCAUAAUGUGUUUCACUUUGGUCUACUACGUUUGUACAACUCUUUUGCUUAUAGUUCACAUUUUACGAAAACUACUCACUACUCACUUCCUUUUAAAAUCAUCUUUGUCCCUUUGAGAAAUCUUAAACCAUCCUUCAUCUUCUUCUUGUGUCUCUCUCUCAAAAUCUUCAGAAGAAGAUAAGAAUGAAGAACGGGUCAGGGAACACGAACACAAAGCUCAUCCUUCUUCACCCAUACAUCCAAAAACAAUCAAGCACGACUCGUUUAUGGCUCCUCGCUUUCGUCUCUUUCUUCACCAUCAUCUUCCUCCUCACUCUCCUCUACACUAGAGAUGCCAUAAUCCCUUCCAAAAACACGUCCGUCGCCGCCGCUGUAGCCGCCGUCGUCACAUCCGCCGCCGGAGUUUCACCUUCCCCAACCACCACUACCAACACCAACCUCCCCACAACCACCAUCAACGCAUUGCUCCACUACGCGUCAAGAUCCAACGACAGCUUCCACAUGUCUUACGGCGAGAUGAAAUCAAUCUCCGACGUCCUCCGCCGCUGCGCUCCGCCGUGCAACCUCCUCGUCUUCGGACUCACGCACGAGACUCUCCUCUGGAAAGCGCUAAACCACAACGGACGCACCGUCUUCGUAGAAGAGAAUCGAUACUACGCGGCUUACUUCGAAGAGAUCCACCCGGAGAUCGACGUUUUCGACGUUCAAUACACGACCAAAGCUCACGAGGCCGGAGAGCUCGUCGCUGCGGCGAAAGAAGCCGCUGGAAACGAGUGUCGUCCCGUGCAGAAUCUCCUCUUCUCCGACUGCAAACUAGGUUUAAACGACUUGCCUAAUCACGUCUACGAUGUUGACUGGGACGUGAUCUUUGUGGACGGGCCACGUGGCGACGCUAACGAAGGACCGGGGAGGAUGUCGUCGAUUUUCACGGCGGCGGUUCUUGCUCGGAGCAAAAAAGGCGGGAGUCCGAAGACGCAUGUGUUCGUGCAUGAUUAUUACAGAGACGUUGAGAGGCUUUGUGGAGAUGAGUUCUUGUGUCGGGAGAAUCUUGUCGAGUCUAAUGAGUUGCUUGCGCACUACGUGUUGGAUAAGAUGGAUAAAAACAGCACCCGGUUUUGUAGUGAUCGUAAGAAACGCUCUGUUUCUUCUUUGUCCUAAAAAUUUGAGAGACGUCACGCAUUGUUAUUGCGGAGUUUGUAAAAAUAAAAGUUUUCUUUCUCAUUGUAGAUCUUGGAUCUUAUCAUCUAUGUGAAGACUUUAAUUUAAUCCAAUCGAUUUUCUAUA